CCAGUGUGGAGGGAGGCAUCUCGGCCGAGAACCUCGGACCCACCGGGCCCUGAAUUGCGGCCAGUCACGCAAUCGCAGUCUCCGAUCGCACGGUUCUUUGCAACAAUUAGCAUGUGGGGUCUUGCGAAUCCCCCACAUUACUAUCGCCAGAGCACUGCAGGCAGUUUUGGGUGUAUCCCAAACUUGGGGCCAAUUACGACAUCAUUUCCGGGAUUGACGAAUCGCUCAACUCCGGGCAAUCACCUUGGGAUCGACAUGUGCGGAUCACCAAUUGUCUUUGCUACGCCAUACUCCUGCCAUAUGAGCAAUCCGUGAAGAUGCGUAUAAAUGCUCUCUGCUGUGUCCUCGAGUGACUAUACAUCCAAGACUGGUGACUUGUAGAUUACAAGCAGGAGCACUACCACCGCAUUCACACACCGUGAACAUCCACCAUGGCGCAAGCGCGCGUUCCAGCGACGGAUCCCACUAUCUACAGCGCCUAUCAAGACCAGUGGUCCUCACUUCCUACCACAGCAGAAGACUGGAUCAGCAGAGCACGGGAGGUGGCCGAAGUACUCUCUCGGGAUGCCGCACAAAGGGACCAGGAGAACAAAUCGCCCCGAGCCGAGGUGGCUCUGCUGAAGCAUUCCGGACUGCUGAAGCUACUGGGUCCUAGGAAGUACGGAGGAGGUGAGCAGUCGUGGGAAGUAGGGUACAAAGCCAUCCGAGAAGUGGCCAAGGCAGAUGGUUCCAUCGGCAUGCUGCUCGGCUACCAUCUCCUCUGGUCCACCACCGCCAAUGUAGUCGGCACCCCCGACCAAAUCGAGCGCACGCACGAGCUGAUCAUCACUAACAACUACUAUGUCGGUGGAGCGGUCAAUCCGCGCGACAGCGACCUCAAGAUCACCUCUGACGGGGAGCACAUCGUCUUCAACGGCGCCAAAUUCUUCAACACGGGGGGUGUGGUCUCCGAUCUCACCGUGCUCGAAGGCGUCCUCGAGGGCACAGACCAACACAUCUUCGCCCUCGUGGAGACCCGACAGCCCGGGAUCCAAUUCGCGCACAACUGGCAAAACAUCGGUCUGCGUCUGACCGAGUCCGGAGGCGUGAAGAUCGAGAACGUCCGCGCCCCGUGGACCGACGCGCUGGGCUGGGACGCCUCCACCAAGCAACCACGACAAGAGGUGCUCGGCGUCCCCUUCGCCAGCUUGCUGCUACCCACAAUCCAACUAGUCUUCAGCAACUUCUAUCUGGGCAUCGCCCUGGGCGCCCUGGACUUCGCCGCCAAUUACACCACCGCCCACACGCGCGCCUGGCCCUUCGGCGGCGACAACAAGACCUCUGCCACCGACGAGUUCUACAUUCUAGAGCGGUACGGGAACUUCUUCGCGCAUCUGCGUGCCACGGAAGCGCUGGCCGAUCGCGCGGGCGAGCAGCUCGCCGGGCUGUAUGCGCGCCACGGCGCGGACCGAUUGGCGCUCACGGCGGAGGAACGUGGGGAAGUGGCCGAGUGGAUUGCCAGCGUAAAGGUCGUCACCACGGACGUGGGGCUGCGGGUCACCAAUGGGAUCUUCGAGGUAACGGGGGCUCGGGCCACCUCACUGAAGGUCGGGCUCGAUCGGUUCUGGCGGGAUAUUCGGACACACACACUGCAUGAUCCCGUCGCGUAUAAGAACCGGGAGCUGGGGCGGUAUGUUUUGUUGGGGGAGCUGCCGGCGCCGACGUGGUAUACUUAGUUGGGUGUGCGGUGGUGUUUUAAUGAAGAUGCUGGACUACUUCUUAUGCGUGUUACUUUGCAAUCAACUUUGGAGCCUUUUCUACAGUCGAGCUUGGGUAUCGCAUCUGAUUGCGUGUAAUCUUAACUUGCAGCUACUGCAACUUAUCAUGAGGAUUGUGCCAGCCGGUGUUAGGGCUCACCCAGACAUACUGUACAUAGACUAGGGAG